AUGUCGAUCGGAAAGUUAUCGGAGUUCAACAUAACAUCGGGAAAUUGGUCGAUGUACAUUGAAAGAACAGAAAUGUUUUUCAAAGUUAACGCGGUUAAAGAAGACUUAUGGCUACCCACUUUAAUUGCGGCGAUGGGCGAUGAAACGUACGAGUUACUAAGUAAUUUGACGAGUCCCGAAAAACCGAGCACCAAGACUUACGCAGCGGUGGUGAAGCUGAUGGGUGACCACUUACAGCCGAAACCAUCUUUUAUGGCAGAGCGAUUUCGAUUCCGCCAAAGAAGGCAAAAUGCGGGUGAAUCAGUUUUGCAAUAUAUUUCGGAACUAAAAAAAAUGUCAAGAUUUUGUGACUUUGGGACGGUAUUAGAAGAGAAUAUGCGGGAUCAGCUGGUAUGUGGUCUUCGAAGCGAAGCUACUAGACAACGUUUAUUCGCCGAAGACAGCUUACAAUACGCGAAGGCAGUCAAAAUUGCCUCAGCCAUGGAAGCGGCGGAAAGGGAUGCCGCAGCAGUGGAGCAGACAAGCGGCAGUGGCAGUGUGAGCAGCGAGGGCGUGGCGGAUUCCGUGCAUGCGGUGCAGGUGGCCACGCGGAAUAGCCGAGGCGGACGUGGCCGGGGCGGCCUACGGGGCUCAGCGGCGGUGCGACGAGAGAAAGAAAUAAACAGUAAUUGUGCGGCUUGUGGAUCUACGGAUCAUAUAAGUAUUGGGUGUCGGUACAACCGGUUCAUCUGUAGUAGAUGUGGACAGAGGGGACAUUUACGUCGUGUAUGCCCGGUACGGUCAGGUGGCAUCUCUCGGCGAGAAGGGCUUCCAAACAAUAGCAUGGUUGCUGGCUUCGCGGACGACAGAGUGCACCGAUCGGAGGUGCUAGGGGUGGACGAACCUCCUUUAUCGGACGACGAGGUCGAGCCGGUCGUAGAAGAUCUACAUCAACUUAGUCUUAACAGUUACAAGCCGGUGAGUUUAAAAAUAUGUAUAGAUGGUAUCGUUUUACCUAUGGAAAUAGAUACUGGAUCAUUAGUAUCAUGUAUUAGUAAAAAUACUUAUGAUAAAUAUUUUAAAAGUAGGUAUUUAGAGAAAUCAAAUAUGUUAUUUAAAUUUUAUGAUGGUUCUACGAUUAGACCCCUAGGGGUGAUCAAGCCACUCGUCAAAUAUAAAAAAAUAAGUAAAAUUGUAGAAUUAUUUGUAAUUGAGGGUGGCACCACUUCGUUAUUGGGAAGACAGUGGCUUUCGGAAUUUUACAUAAAAAUACCAUUAUAUAAACACGUAGAAAAUAUGAAUGUAAUUAAUGCGGAAAAUAAUUUUAAUCAUUCUAUUAAUGUAUUACUCGACAGAUUUAAGGAGUUAUUCUCGGAGGGACUGGGACGGUUCACGGGCGGUAAGGCUCAGCUGCGGGUGCGCGAGGGGGCGACGCCGGUAUUUUGCCGCGCGCGGCCCGUGCCGUACGCGCUGCGCGAGCGGGUCGAGGCGGAGCUGGCGGGCAUGCUGCGCGCGGGCGUCAUCGAGCCCGUUGACAGCGCGGACUGGGCUACCCCACUGGUACCGGUACGUAAGGCGGAUGGUGGACUCCGUAUAUGUGCUGAUUAUAAAGUUACUUUAAAUCCGUUUCUGUUGGUCGAUAAAUAUCCGUUACCGCGAAUUAAUGACUUGCUUGUGAAAUUAAAUGGUGCUAAAAUAUUUACGAAAAUUGAUCUUUCACAAGCCUAUAAUCAAAUAGAGUUACAUGACCCCGAUAAUUUGACAGUUAUUAACACUCACAAAGGACUUUUCAAGUACAAACGAUUAGUAUAUGGAUUGUCUUCGAGUCCUGGAAUCUUUCAGCGAAUUAUGACUAAUCUUUUGAACGAUAUUCCGGGAGUAGAAGUUUUUAUUGAUGAUAUAAUAAUCGGUUCUCCUGAUACUCGGGAACAUUUAAUAACUUUAAAACGUGUUUUAGAGCGGUUACGAAAUAACGGAAUGAAACUUAAAAAAAGUAAAUGCCUAUUUAUGACAAGUGAGGUUAAAUAUCUAGGUUUUAUUAUUUCAGCCGAGGGUAUUAAAGUGGAUCCGGAAAGGGUGGAGGGAAUAGUAAAUAUACCUCGCCCGGUUAAUAUUACGGACUUAAGGGCCUUUCUAGGCACUAUUAAUUUUUACGCAAAAUUUGUUAAAAAUUUAAGUACUAUAUUAGCACCACUGUACCACUUACUGAGAAAGGGAGUAAAUUGGAUAUGGAAUGAUGAGUGUGAAGUAGCAUUCCGGACAAUUAAGUCAAUUUUAGUUGGUGCGGAUGUUCUAGCGCACUACGAUCCGGAAGCGCCUUUGUUUUUAACGUGCGACGCGAGCGCGCGAGGUAUAGGCGGUGUGCUCACGCAAACUGACACGCGAGUCGCUCGCUCGGGCGAGUCGGCGCGGGAGCGGCCGGUCGUAUACGUAUCGCGAGCGUUAACGGCUGCCGAGAAACAUUACUCUCAAAUUGAACGUGAGGCUUUAGCAAUAGUAUUUUGCUUUGAAAAAUUGCAUCAGUACCUGUACGGCAGGCGCUUUACACUGCGUACCGACCAUAAACCUUUGGUAACUAUAUUUGGGCCGAAACAAGGAAUUCCGUCGAUGGCUGCAAGUCGGUUACAACGGUGGGCUAUUAAAUUAUCGGCAUAUACCUAUGAGAUUGAGUACGUUACAUCAAAACAAAACGGCGCUGACGGUUUAUCUCGAUUGCCAGCAAGCUUUAAAAAUAAAAAUAAAAAUAUUUUUAAAAUUCCGGAACAAUCUCACUUACACUUUGCACAUAAUGCUUUAUUAUUAGAUUAUAAUGAAAUUAAAAAACAGACUUGCCGGGACCCACUACUGGGUCGUGUUCUCACUUAUAUUCGUGACGAGUGGCCUCCACAUAAUGAGAUGCUGCCUCUCAACCCUUACUUUAAUCGUAAAAAAGAGUUGUAUGAGGAGUUAGGUUGCGUGAUGUGGGGCCAUAGAAUAGUGAUACCGGAAACCUGCAGGGACAAGGUUUUAACUGACUUGCAUGAGGCUCAUAUGGGGAUAGUUAAAACGAAAUCUUUUGCAAGGAGCUACGUAUGGUGGCCGGGCAUUGACGAAGCAAUCGAGAAAACGUGCCGCGACUGUAGCGUGUGUGUCACGGAGAGUGAAGCGCCACCGCGGCAUAUGCCAUGCCCAUGGCCAUGGCCGAAUAAACCUUGGGCUCGCGUACACAUCGACUUCCUGGGUCCUCUUGCGGGUCGAAUGUAUUUAGUGUUGGUGGAUGCGAGAACUAAAUGUAUAGAAGUUUGUCAGGUACCUAGCACAGCGGCUAGUCACGCAAUUAAAAUGUUGAGUGGCAUUUUUGCUCGUUUCGGUUUACCUAAGCAAAUAGUAUCGGAUAACGGCCCACCUUUCUCUAGCAAUGAAUUUUCAACAUUUGUAAAUACGAAUGGCGAAACGCCAGCGUCACUUAUGUUCGGCCGCCGGUUACGUACUAAAUUUGAUGCUAUGAGGCCUAAUAGGGAGCUUAAAGUUAGAAACGCUCAAGAACAUCAACAAAAGUACAGUACUCAUGAGUCGCGCCUAUUGUACCCAGGGGACGAUGUAUGGCUACGUCAAUAUAGGGGGAACGAUAAAUGGGUGUCGGGGAAGGUAGUGGAUAAGAUGGGGACAACAGAUUAUAGGGUGGUAGAUGCAGCAGGACGCGAAACACACAGACAUAUUGACCAACUGAAACAGCGUAAACGGAGUUCACUAAUCUGUCCUUCUAGCCCAGCGAGUGUCGGCGGGGAGACAGGAGCGACAAGCACCGAGCCCGAAACGCAUGACACAAACAACCCCGGGGACGAUGCGCACGCAUUAGCCCACAGCCCGACUCGCGAACGUGAGAAAAUUGAGGAAUGCGUGGAAUCAAUCCCAACUAACACACAGCAACCCUCGCCUCCCAUUGAACCGCCUCGGUCUCGUCCCAUACGUAGAUGUAGGAUGAAAUAA